AUGAACACCUGUUGUGACAAGGAGGAAAAUCUCGACAAUACGACGAAGUUUAGUUCGCGUUCGUUUCAACGAGACGCAGAAAUUUUAGAAAACAGUUUCACAACGUUAAUUAACGAUGACGAUUCGGAUACCGAUGGGGAGACUGAACCCGUCUCGGAGACAGAGGAUUAUGAUCUAUUGAAUGAAGGCUUCAGUAGUGACUCUGAGAGCCAAACAUACGAGGACCAAACAAAUGACAGCAAGUGGUAUCCAUUUCCAGACAAGCUGAAUCUUCUUUUAUAUGGAUUGCUUCAUAGUACAACACAUCACAUUAGUUUGGAAGUGGCAAAGUAUGUGUGGUUCAUUUUAAAAGAAGUUGGUGUUCCCAAUGUACCAUCGUUAAAUCAUAUCAGAAACAUGAAAUUUGGGGACUUGGAUGUAAACAGCUUGAUAGCUAAGGGAGAAGAUGACAAUGGUUUACCUUUAUACAUUCUGAAACCAACUGAAAUUGCCAAACUCCACUUGAGCAAUCCUUCAAUAUCAAAGAACAUUGCCAGGUAUCCACGGAAAACUGGUCUUGUACGUGAGCAAAGGGACGGCAGUCGCCUCCAUGAAAUCAUAUCCCCUUGGGCAUCAUUUGGUGUGAAGGAGUAUGACAACCCUUUCUGGGACAUCCUUAAUCCCCAUAGAGAUGUACCAUCUGGACUUCUUCAUCUUUUUCAUCUUGGAACAUCAAAACAUCUUUUUAAAGUCUGCAUUGAUUCAUUAACUGAUACUCAGGCAACAUCACUUGAAAGCCAUUUAACUGCUCUAGAUGCCCAUCAGCGAGUGAAAUUUAACAUUACCAAGAAUGUGAACAGCAGACAAGGGAAGGAUUUGAAAAAAUUUCACGUUUUCAUACUGAAAUUGCAAUGUUGUAGGAGGCAGUGUACAAAGGAGGUGCAGGAUUUAUCCACUAGGAAGGAAAUGUGCAACUUUUUUGGAAAUCUAUCAGAAAUCAAACAAGACUGUGAGAAGCCUUUGCUUUUGAGACCACUUCGUACAGCCAACAACAAAACAAAGCUGCAAGAUAUGUCAGCAUUCCAACACCAAUGCCUCCUAUUGCAGGGUCUUAUUGACCUAGGGAUCCCAUCCCCCUGUUUGGAAGGGAAGAUGAUCAGCUACCAAAUGUGUAGAUGUAAAGAUGGAUCAAGUAUUGCUGAGGGUAUGUCCAUCAUGUAUUUGAGUAGAGAGGAUGAGUUUAAAGUUGGAAUCUUCAAAGGUGGUCUACUCUUUCUUCAGGGUGCUAGGAGAAGUUCAUUAGCAAUUGUUGAAAAGGGGGUUAUACAGCGACCAACACAUCUUGGUUGUCCUGUGAUAAAGUUCUCUGAGGAUUUGGAUGUUAUUCCUAUUACAAAUGUUCUUUCCUACAUGCCACUUGUUCAUCACUGUAUCCAGUGCCAUUGCAGCAUCAAAGAAGGAAAAACCCCAGCCAGGAUUGAACAAGAGGAGACUGAACUCAAGCAUACAAAGUUUAUUAAACACAAGUUAUCCAGGGGAUACAGAUUGUUUCUAGUCAAUGUAUAUUCACUAAAAUGUCCAUCUAGUUUUGAUUUUUCUAAACCAUCAGCUUGUGCAAAGUCAUUUUUGAUAUAAAUCUUCUUUGUAUGUAUUUUUAGUGUACUUGCACAAGCAAUCCCCUUGAUGCUCUGAGAAUUUUUUGAAAUAGGUAUACAUGUUUGUUUGCUUUUGUUUUACAUCCCUUUGAGAAUUUUUCACUCAUGUUUGGGAUGUGACCACCCCUGUUGAAAGGCUGCAAAUAAUAUUUAAACCUAUACUCCACACUUGUGUUCAUUGACCAGUGGGGGAUCUUUUUUUAUGCCAACAUAAAAAAAUGUGCUGUAUGGUGUGAUUAUGUAAAGAAUAUGCUGUACAUGUUUUAAUGUAUCAUGGAUUCCUGCUGUACAUGUUUUAAUUUAUGGAUUCAUCACUAAAAUUAAAUUUUAAAAGUAAA